AUGUCUAGGGCAAAGCGCGUACUAUCAAUUCAAUCACAUGUUGUAUCUGGCUACGUGGGGAACAAAGCCGCCACUUUCCCCUUACAGUUAUUGGGAUAUGAGACGGAUUGUGUUAACAGCGUAAACUUCUCCAACCACACUGGAUAUCAAAGUUGGAAAGGCACUGCUAUGAACGGCAAUGAGCUUUCGGACCUUAUCGAAGGGUUGACAAAAAACGACUUGGGUGCCUAUGAUUUCCUACUCACCGGUUACAUUGGCAGCGAAUCAUUUCUGCGACAAGUUGUCGAUACCGUCAAAGCUCUCAAGAAGAUCAAUCCGGAUCUCCUCUUUGGGUUUGUGCCCUGUGACAUUCUGCGCCGAGGCAUCAAUGAUGUUGUGCACAAUGGCUCGAUAUAA